CAGUCGUUAGCUAACGUUAGAUAUAUUUUACGUUACCGAGUGGAGCAGAAGGUUCUUUUCUCUGGAAAAAGUGGCUAGCCUUACGUUAGCUAGCUAGGUAACGUUAACCUUUACUACCGGAGUCACUAGCGUCUCCUCUUGCCGUAGAGAAGAGCAGAGGGAGGCUGUAGAUAUGUGAUUGUGGAUACGCUGGCUGGUUAGCUCAUCUAGCUAAUGUUGACGGACACUGGAUGAGUUGAAACGGGAUUUUACAGGUAUAUGUGUUUGUGUCACACCACUGAAACUACCCAGGCAGAGGGGAACUGAGCAAACCAGCCCGACAUCGCCGCCAUGCUGGAGGAGGACAUGGAAGUGGCCAUCAAGGCGGUCGUGGUGGGAAAUGGAGCUGUCGGGAAGUCCAGUAUGAUCCAACGCUACUGCAAGGGCAUCUUCACUAAGGACUACAAAAAGACCAUUGGAGUGGACUUCCUGGAAAGGCAGAUACUCGUAAAUGACGAAGAGGUCCGACUAAUGCUGUGGGACACCGCUGGGCAGGAGGAGUUUGAUGCUAUCACUAAGGCCUACUACCGUGGUGCCCAAGCAUGUGUGCUAGUCUUCUCUACCACAGACAGGGAGUCGUUUCAGGCUAUCGACAGCUGGAGGGAGAAGGUGGAGGCAGAGGUCGGAGACAUUCCCACAGUUCUAGUGCAGAACAAAAUUGACCUCCUGGAAGAGACCCUUAUAAAAAACGAGGAGGCAGAAGCUUUGGCUAAAAGACUCAAGCUGAGAUUUUAUCGAGCUUCAGUAAAAGAGGACCUCAAUGUCAACGAGGUUUUUAAGUACUUAGCUGAGAAGUAUCUUCAGCGACUCAAACAGCAAACCGCAGAGGAGACAGAGGUACUCCAUACAACAAGCAAUAAAAUAGGUGUUUUUAAUACCACGAGUAGUAAUGUCUGCAACCAGAGCUCCAGCAACGGAAGAGAAGUCAUCACUUUGCGACCUAACAAACAAAGGACCAAGAAGAGUAAAAAUCCUUUUGGAAGCUGCAGCCUACUCUAGAUAAAAUCCUUUAGCUUUAGUGACUGACUAUUGUUUCAAAUUGGUCAUUGUUGUAUUUUGUGGAGGUAGCCACAUUUAGAGACCAAAGCCCAAACAGACUGGGAAAUACUACCCUAUACUACUUUAAUAACCUAAUGUUUAACCUGUAUCCUAAGUUGUUUCCCCACAUUGAUGGUUGAAUUGUCUUUGAUUCAGCCUUGGAUCUCCAUCAAUGAUCUGCACACACAACCUGUCCUUGUGGUUGCCUUAAGUAACAGCAACAGCUGCAGCUACAGUACAUGUAUGCUGCUUAGACAUGACUUGAAACACAAUCCUCUUAUCAAAUAUAAGAGAACAAAUAUGUAACAGCAAAGGUUGCACCCUUGCUCUGUGAAAACUCCUGUAUUUGAUUUUUACAGUCCCCCAUUCCUGUUUGACAUUAAAAUUGUGCAAUAUCUUUGCAUGUAUUGUAGAAGAUACACAGAUAAUUUUGUUCCAUAUUUUUCUGUCAGCAUAAUAUGGUUCAAACUAUACUGUUUAUUGUGGACGAAACGCUAUCGAAUCCAGAGGUAAUUCUCUGUGCAGAAGUAUUUUUGUACGAAUCACAACAGUGUUGAGUGAUAUUUUCACUUCAGUGUUUUCUCUUUCUGAGCUGUAGUUAAAUAUUAACACUGCAGUGAUAUCAUGUUACAUGAAAUUAAUAGAAUGUGAUUUUAUGUGUAACCAAAUAACAACUAUCAACACAGAAUAGUCCUCUAUAUGUCUGCUUACACUCCACUUAUUUACGGAUUUAAUUAAGACUUUCACAAAGUUUAGGACUUUGUGAUGUAAAACAUGAGCUGAAGUCUCAAUCAGUUAUAGAACUAUGUUACAGUUUACAUAUUUAACAGUGCUUUUCUUUAAAAGUGGAGUCUGUUAUUCUAAUCCAAUACAUUUUUUGUCAAAUUCAGUAAAUAUCUCCUCACGAUCUGCAUGCUGUUCGUUCUGCAUGUGCGCUGAUACAAAAAUUCCAGUGUUCGUACACAGCCCUGGCUCUGCAAACGGGAAACGCAGAGUGGCUCGGAUCAAGCCAGGGAAAGGCCAUUGGGAGCGAGAGGGACGUUAAAUCUGGCACAUGCUAACAGCUACAAAAUUUUGGUUUUUAUUUCUUGGUUUGGCUUCUGUAGUCUCUAAUCAGUUUCUAUUUUUUAAAUAUUCAUAUGUCAGUAGUGUCUGUCAAUAUGGUUUGGAGCCUUAAGCAGAAUGCACACCCUGGCUCUCUGAAGGUACAAAGAGCUGACCAUUAGGAUGGGAUGUUUUGCUUUGUUGUGUCUGAAUAUGCAAGAAAAUUCAGUUUCUUCUUAGUACGUGAAGGUACUCU